AUGUCUCUCGUUAGGCGCAAUGACGCUCUGGAUAUCAACGGAUUCAGCAAUACCGUCACAACCAACAACCACAUCACUAGUCGAGGCAGCAACUGGUACUUUACUGUCUGUGCACUAAUGUCUGUUAGCACUCUUAUAUUCAUGGGUCUCUCUUUACGAAAACCGCAAUCGCACAGGCUCUUCCACUAUAUCGCAGCUGCCUUUGCGCUGGUCGCCGCAAUUGCAUAUUUCUCAAUGGGCUCAAACCUUGGCUGGACUGCUAUUCAAGUUGAGUUUCGACGACGAAGCCCCAAGGUUGCUGGCAUGAUGAGGCAGAUCUUCUAUGUUCGGUACAUUGACUGGUUCGUGACCACACCACUGCUACUCCUCAAGCUACUCUUGACCUGCGGUAUGCCAACUCCGACUAUUGUCUAUACUAUGCUCAUCAACGAGGUGAUGAUUGUUUGUGGUCUUGUUGGUGCGCUGGUCAAGACGUCCUACAAGUGGGGAUACUUCGUUUUUGGGUGUUUCGCCUUCUUCUUCGUUGCCUACACUGUGGCUUUCCAGGGACGAUCGUAUGCGUGUACCCUAGGUCAAGACAUCAGCAAGAUUUACACUAUGGCUGCUAUUCCCAUGAUCGCUGUCUGGAUGCUUUACCCAGUUGCAUGGGGCGUCUGCGAGGGUGGCAACGUGAUCGCACCUGAUUCUGAGGCAGUGUUUUAUGGCAUUCUGGACUUGACUACGAAACUUCUAAUUCCUGGACUGCUAAUCUGGAAUCACCGUAAUAUCGAUCUAGCACGACUUGGCUUUCACAUUCGGAAUGUGCCCGAAGGAGGUUUGCCCGGUAGCGAGAAGCGUGGUCCUCAUCAGCAGACAGGCGUUGCUGCACCAGCAACUGCCAAUACAGAAACUCCUGUCAAUACUGUCUAG